GUUAGCAACGACCCUCAUCUUCACUGUCUAACUGUGCGCCGCUGGAAAGGAGAAGAAGCGAGAGAGAGAGAAAGAAGACGAUGGAUCCGUACUUAGGAGGAAGCUGGACUAUGAUCCCCAGCAUCCCAACCCACAGUAACGUAUCUACUCCCACCAAUCAAGACCAUCUAUACCUUUCCCCUCCUCCACCCUCACAACAACAACAGUUUCAUCCACAACAAUUCCAACAACAACAGCAGCAACGUAUGUUACAGCAGCAGCAACAACAACAACAACAGCAGCAGCAGCAAGUGCAGCAGAAUCAGCAACAACAGUCACUAGCUUCUCACUUCCAUCUCUUACAUUUGGUGGAGAAUUUGGCUGAUGCUAUUGAUAAUGGAAGUCGGGAUCAACAUUCUGAUGCUUUGGUUAAUGAACUGAACAAUCACUUUGAGAAGUGCCAGCAGCUUUUGAACUCGAUUGCUGCAUCAAUUAAUUCUAAAUCCAUGACUGUUGAAGGUCAAAAGAAAAAGCUGGAGGAAAGUGAACAAUUGCUAAACCAAAGGAGGGAUCUGAUAGCCAAGUAUAGAAGCUCUGUGGAAGACCUUUUGAAGACCGAGCCAUAGUCGUUUCUCAUGCUACUAAGCACAGGUCAAGAGCUCCCAUGUUUAACUCUGAGAGAUGGGAAGGAAACCCUGAGAACUUGUAAUCAUAGAAUGAAGUAAAACAGUUUCAUCUUGUUCAGCAAGUAGAAAGUUGUUUCUUUUCCUAGCUUUUUCUUAUAUCAAACUUUAUUUUAUAUUCAAAUGCAAUCUUGGGUUUCAUAA